AGCACCCUGCAAGAGAACGAAUGAAGUAACGAAGCUCUGACUGACUGACUGAGCCCCUACCGGAGACACCGGGAGGCUGUAAGCUUUGGCGGAUCCCAACGAAGACAAGUCGACGGCAAACAAUGCGAUAAGGCAGUGGAGAGCAACUGAACCGGUAACCGUGAUUUAAAGAGACGAGAGAACAAAACAAAACAAAAAAAAACACGACAGGCGGACAGACGGACGCACAUAAAGUGGUUUUGCUACCCGGACCAAACCGAGUGGAUCCGAUAUUUAAAUGUUCUAACGGUACCCUUCGAGAGCGCCGGAGAGCAGAGAGGGAGCUGCCCAGAGAGAACGAAGGACAGAAAGCAGGGACUUUUUAAUUGCUAUAUUUUUUUCCCCGCGGGUCCAGUUCCCGGUAACGCUAUCAAGCUGUGUUCUCUAACCAUGGGAUGUACUCUGAGUGCAGAGGAGAGGGCGGCUCUGGACCGGAGCAAAGCCAUCGAGAAGAACCUCAAGGAGGACGGACUCACCGCAGCUAAAGAUGUCAAGCUGCUGCUGCUCGGGGCCGGAGAGUCAGGGAAAAGCACCAUCGUGAAACAGAUGAAGAUCAUCCACGAGGAUGGUUUCUCUGGUGAUGAUGUGAAGCAGUACAAGCCUGUUGUUUACAGCAACACUAUCCAAUCUCUGGCAGCAAUCGUCCGUGCCAUGGAUACACUGGGACUUGAAUAUGGAGACAAAGAGCGGAAGGCGGAUGCCAAGAUGGUGUGUGAUGUGGUUAGUCGUAUGGAGGACACAGAGCCUUACUCUGCUGAACUGCUGUCCGCCAUGAUGCGUCUCUGGUCCGACUCAGGGAUCCAGGAAUGCUUCAGCCGUGCACGGGAGUACCAACUCAACGAUUCAGCACAGUACUACCUUGACAGCCUGGAUCGGAUUGGUGCCACAGACUACCAGCCAACAGAGCAGGAUAUUCUGAGGACCAGGGUGAAGACUACAGGCAUCGUGGAGACACACUUUACCUUCAAGAACCUCCACUUUAGGCUGUUUGAUGUCGGAGGUCAGAGGUCAGAGAGGAAGAAGUGGAUCCACUGUUUUGAGGACGUCACUGCCAUCAUUUUCUGUGUCGCACUCAGCGGAUAUGACCAGGUGUUGCAUGAGGAUGAGACCACGAAUCGCAUGCACGAGUCGCUGAUGUUGUUCGAUUCAAUUUGCAACAACAAGUUCUUUAUCGACACCUCCAUCAUCCUCUUCCUCAACAAGAAGGAUCUGUUCGCAGAGAAGAUCAAGAAGUCAGCACUUAGCAUCUGUUUCCCAGAGUACACAGGACCAAACACAUACGAGGACGCGGCAGCUUACAUCCAAGCACAGUUCGAGAGCAAGAACCGCUCCCCAAAUAAGGAAAUCUACUGUCACUUGACCUGCGCCACAGAUACAGGGAACAUCCAGGUGGUGUUUGACGCCGUGACCGACAUCAUCAUCGCCAACAACCUCAGAGGAUGUGGCUUGUACUGAGCUCGCCAUGUAACAACUCGCCUCUCAUCCCGUCCUUUCUCCUUCCUUUCCUGCUCCUUUCCUUCUCUCCUCCUCCUAUUCUUCUUCUUCCUCCUCAUUCCUCUUCCUCUGACACUGCUGUGGAAAUAAUGACGGUGACCAUGCUGAUUAUUUAGAAAAGAAAGAAUAAUGCAACUCGGUACUUAUUAAUAUUGAGGAUAAUUUAGAAAAUACUAGGCUUACAUAUAUAAAUAUAUAUAUAUAUAUACAUAUAUAUAUAUAUAUAUAUAUAUAUAUAAACAUAUAUAUAUAUGUAUAUAUAUGUAUAAAAUGUUUUAAGUUCUUGUUUCUUCCUCGGUCUUCUUUCCCGGAUGUUCUUUGGCCUGCUGCCAAACAAACAAACGUGUUUCCAAGGCAACACAAAACUCUGCCGCCCUGAAACCAUGUCGAACAAACAUGAUCAAGUCUAAUCUCCUUUUUUCCUUUCCAGUGUUGUCUUUUGUUGCUAACGAAACAUCUUUUUUUUUUUUUAUUAUUACCUUGAAUAUGGAUUGUGUUUUAUAUGUCUAUAUUUAUUACAUCAGCCUGUACACAUUUUUAUUCAUAUUUUGUCUCACCUGACACCUUUUGUUGUGUAUUAUUUGUUUCUUGCAAUAGUAGUGUUUUAUGUAGUAACAAUUUUGAAUAAAUAUGUGAAAAUGUCUAUAGUUUAAAAAAAAAAAAAAAAGAUUACAAAAAACAAACAAACAGACAGGUCGGCCAAUCAAAACCUUGAAAAAACACUCGAGACCUGCUGAACCAGAUUAACAUGAAUCUUUUGUUUACAUUAGCAGAGACACUUUGACAAUUUUACAUUUUCAGUUCGCUGUUCCACAAAGAGUCCCAACACGGACAGGAAGUGUUUUCCAAACCUGGCUUUAGGAAGUAGAGUAUCAGUGCCAGGUGACACAUGCAGGUACUGCACUGUAGAUAGCAACGCCUGUAUGUGCAAGUCAUAACUACCUUUCUCACUAUUAUAACCUCUACUAAUAUUCUUGGUGUAAGGAAGCUCGGUCCUGGUUAAUUAAUGUCUUCGUUUAUUUAUUGAUCUUCACCUACAUCCAUUUCUCUUUAGUGAAAUGUAUUCGCCGCCAUGCCUUUACGGCCCUCACCUCCGUCCAUGCAUGGCAUACUGCUCAGAGGGGAUGUCCGAAGAUAUCAUGUAGGAUUUUUUUCAAAAGCCUUUUCUCCCUCCCUCGUUUCCUCCUGUUUCUCUGAAAAGCCCUGACAUGGAUAGCAUGAAGUCGUUCUAUAAAAGUCACCAGUUACUCUAAAACUGGAAAGAGAAAAAAAGAUUCACAUGGAUAUAGUUCAGAUAAUAAUGAUUAAAAUGAUUAAAAAAAUGGAAAAAAAUAAAUAAAACUUAAAAAAAUGAAACAGGGAGGUGGUUUGGAAAGUUAUAGAAAGGCUGUUGGAAAGUGUAGAUUUGCUGAUUAGAAAAGAAAAUGAUGUUUAAAAAAAGAAUAAUAUCACAGCAGUGGAAUCACUGAAAUGAACGUGGGUAUUAUGUAACAACGAUCACAAUGAUCCGAUAACAUUCUUACAAUAUCUCUUGUGCUUUGUAGCUACAGAGUUCUUUUUUUUCUUUUUUCCUCUAUAUCUCCCUUUUUUUAAAUAAAAACAAAUAAUCUAGGUUUUGCAAUAGGUUCCAGAUAGACAGCAAGUUGAUUUGGAACCGCAGUGUUUCUCAGAUGCUUUGUCAUGCUUUGAACUGUGCACAACCUCCUCUUGUUACCGUUCUGCCUGUUUCUCCCUGCAUUGGAACUCGUGUCCUCACUGAGCCUGACUCAGAACAAUUAAACUAUACUAUUCUAACAAUAUCUAUUUUUGAUUAUUUCAGAAAAAAAAAAAGUUUUUUUUUUUUUCCCCAAGGGGGAGGACAUUUCUUGCUGCAUUGGCUCAUUGCUGUAUAAAAAAUAUGUUUUCCUUAUCCUCAGUUCCUAAUUAGUUUGACACACACCUUCCAGGUCUACAAUGAAAAGCACAGUCUCUCUCUCUUUCUCUCUCUCUCUCUCUUUCUCUCUCUCUCACACACACACACACACGCUCUUACACUUACAGUAAGUAGAAUUUGAAAAUGUCUUAUUUAGUCAUACCUGAUCUAUGUUAGCCCACAUCGCUCUAUCUAUCAAACUAUCUAUGUAGACCUCUCUUCCUUGUCCUCUUAUAGUUUUUAUGUACAACAUCAUGAUACGCUUGUUUUGUUGUCUUGAGAUCUUCAUUCACGGUUUGUUAGCCAACAUGUUCUUUUUUUUUUCCCCCUGUGUAGCUUUUUCUCUCUCUCCUCUUUAGUGAAUGGUUGUUACUUCAUGUGGGAUGUCCGUGCUGGAAAAAAAAACAAUCGAAUGUAGUGUUUACAUUAAAAAAGCCACUGUUUUCGUGACUACAAAAACAAAA